GAUUUAUGUACGCCUGUUAGAGAAAGAAUUUUUUAGUUUGUGGUGUAAGGCCUCCCAGUGAUCAUCAACUAGUACAGAUAUAAGCAAUCUACAGAAAGUACCUCUGACGCGACCGUUACAAAAUGAACAUCAUGGGAAUCGUCCCAGGUUCCUUAGCGAUGCUAUCAUUUCUCGUUUUGAUAAAAAUUGAACCAAAUCUUUCAACCUCGUGUGCUAAGAAGCUCACGAUUACCACAGACGAAGACACGAAAAUCAGGAUCACAUUGGACGAUUUUCAUGAGAAACCUGCUUCUUCUAUUUUAAUCAGUAAACCUCCUGGGUAUGGCGCUCUAAACUGCUAUCCUGACAAGACAGAGUUAACACAGACAGAUGAACACUGCAGCCUACAACCAUUUUAUCUUCCUGCAUCAGAGUACUCUGGCGAGGACAGAUUUCGGUAUUUUCUCUUGCACGAGAAUCACACAAUUGUGUCAAAUGACGAGUACGAAGUACGAAUAAUCAUCCAGCCAAAAUCUGACAGUAUCGUAGCCAAUAAUGACGAAUUUUCAAUGGAAUUGUCUGAAGGAUUUAUACACAUUCCAGUGCUGAAAAAUGAUGUGUACCUAGACAAGCCAGCUAUAUGCAUGAACCGAGAUUCUCAAACAGAGGACAGAAGCGCUGAAAUCAUAUUCAAAGACAUUGCACAAGAGUUGGGAAUGAACGCUGUGCAAUCAGCAAUACCAGCAAGUCCUGAUUGUCUGUUUGAUCAUUACGACCCGACUUUAAAGACAUGGAUCAAGGGCUCGUUUUGUUUACCAGAACAAAGUGCAGGCGCAGGAGCAACCGCUGACUACGACAACGAUGGUUUCUUGGAUAUAUUUUAUGCUCGUGUGGAUGGCAACGAUCAACUAUGGCGUAAUCUUGGUAACGGUUCAUUUCAACUAGUCACUGCAGAGGCUAACCUCACCCAAACAAUGAACCACCGAUCAACAGGUGCGACAUGGGCAGAUGUAGAUAAUGACGGCGAUGUUGAUCUUUACAUUGGAACAAUGGCAGAAGAAAGAUUUUACUUCUAUGUUAAUGAUGGCAUGGGCCAUUUUACAGAGGAGGCAAUAGAACGAGGUCUGGCAGGAAAACCAACUAUUCCACCAUUCAAGACUUCAACAAUGACCAUAGCACUUGGGGAUUACAAUAAAGAUGGUUGGCUGGACUUCUACCGAACCGAAUGGUUGCCACAUCUUGACCAAAGUUACGACUAUCAAAACAGCAAUCACUCUCUCUCAAAACUUCUCAAAAAUUUAGGAGCUGAAGGCAAACCAGGAUAUUUCAUUGAUAUGACAAAUGAAGCUGGCUUGAGUUCACAGCCUGAACCACAUACACGCGCUGAUGAACGCGCGGGACUAACAAACUUGACGCCAUACAGAAUAAAAAACAUUGGACUGUUUAAAGAUGUUAUGCCUGGGCCAUAUAGUCUAUCAGCCAUGUUCACAGAUAUUGAUGCUGAUGGUAAUCUUGAUUUGGCCAUUACUGGGGAUUUCUUCACGAGUCGGCUGUACUGGGGAAAUGAAAAUGGCACGUUUGUGGAUGGAACAAAAGGAGCAGGAGUGGGUUUAGAAGAAAAUGGUAUGGGCUCGACAGUCGCUGACUAUAAUAAUGACGGAAAACAAGACUGGUUUGUAACAAGUAUCUACAUGAGUGAGGAAUAUCGUAACCCAUACAUUGAAGCCUACGGUCAGGGAGGUGGCAUGAUCUUCGGAUACACUGGAAAUCGAAUGUACAAAAACGAUGGAAAGCGAAAGUUUACAGACGAAACCGACAUUACAGGAGUAAGACCAGGUUGGUGGGCCUGGGGGACUUCGUUCCUGGACUAUGAUAAUGAUGGUGACUUGGAUUUGAUUCAUACGAAUGGUUUUGAUGAUACUGAAAGCACCGACUUUGAUUUUCUUCAUCACACGAAGACCUUACUUUACGAGAAUCAUCAUGCAGAUUCUGGGAACUGCAGUUUUAGCUCUGUUGGGGAUAGCAAAGGUAUCAAUGACAGACGAGACGGUAGGGGAUUGUUUGUGUUCGACUUUGACAACGAUGGUGAUCAAGAUGUGUACAUUGUCUCAAAUUGUGAAAAAUCAGUUUUCUAUCGCAACGAUGGCGGACACACUAGGGAUUGGAUUCGGGUGAAUGUUCUCGAAGCAGACUCAGAUCGAGAAAGCAUCGGUGCCCGGGUUUAUAUUUUCUCUCCAAAGUUUGGAAGAGAAAUUGUGCGUGAAAUUCGCAGUUCAUCCGCAUUCUCAGGUCAAGGUGAAACCACAGCUCAUUUUGGAUUAGCUCACGAGACAGCAGAACAUUUUACGAUCCGCGUGUACUGGCCGGUGACAAACAAUACACGAGUCAUCGAGAACGUGCCACGAAGAACCUUGCUGCGUGUUCACGACAUGCGUGGAAAACGAAACUACAAGCAUAUCACGUCUUCACCCGACAAAUCAUUGCCAGAAUGUCGCAAGAUGAAAAUUACAUCAAUCAGUAAGGAACCGAGUCACGGUAGAUUAUCACGCCACCAAAAUUACGUGACUUAUUACCCUGCCAAAGACUUCACUGGGGAAGACAGCUUUCAAUAUGUCGUUAGUGAUGGUGUGACUUCGUCUAUUGGAUAUGUCAAAGUGAAGGUCGAGGACUCGAAGGAACAGAACCAUCCAGAGACAGUUGACGCAUCUGAGAAAAAAUGGGCGACGUUCAGUGGCUUUUCAAACAACCCUGAGAACCGCGACUAUGGUCGAGCACUCAGUCCUUUACUAAGGAUUUCUCCCGCUGAUUAUGACGAUCAUUAUGAAACCCCAGCUGGACAACGUCGUCCAAAUCCAAGAAAUAUUUCCAAUGUUUUAGGAAAUCAGAAAAUUGAUGUCUUUAGUCCAACGGGAUUAAAUCAAAUUCACAUGCACGUUGGGCAACUUCUUGCUCACGAUAUCGACUUUUCCACGCCUUACGCCAAUGCUUUGCCCACAGAAAACUUUGCAAUUAAGAUUCCAACAGGGGACCCAUGGUUUGAUCCUUAUUCCACUGGCUCACAGACGAUGAGAUUAAGACGCUCAGCGCAUGCGGCUAACACAGGAAGACAUAAUGGCGUUGCCCGAGAACAGGUAAACAAAGUGUCAUCAUUUAUUGAUCUUUCUAUUGUCUACGGCUCAGAAAACGAACGUGCUUGUGCACUCCGGCAGGGAAAAGAUGGAAAACUUCGGGAACAAACGCAACAUAAUUUACCUUUCAAUACGAAACAAUUACCAAAUCUCAAUCUUCUCGGAGGACCGCGUGAGAAACUCUUGAUUUCAGGAGACCCUCGUGUAAACGUUCAACCUGGUCUGAUAUGUCUGCACACGAUCUGGGCACGUGAACAUAAUUUAGUCUGUGAGGAGCUUAGGAACGAGCAAGCUUUAGAACACUAUGAUGACGAAUCAUUAUUUCAACAUGCAAGAACAAUCACGCGUGCUAAAUGGCAAGCGGUGGUCUGGUACGAGUUCCUGCCAACGGUAAUUGGACAAAAAGCAUUCAAAAAUAUCCCAGAAUACGAAGGUUACAAUUCAAGUUUGAAGGUUGGAGUAUUUAACGAAUUUGCAACAGCAGCGUUCCGGUAUGGUCACAGUCAGAUUGGUAAUACAAUGACACGAUUGGACGAUGAAUGGACUACCAUGUUAAAUGUUGGUAACUUGGAUCUGAGAGAUGCUUAUUUCAACCCUGGUCGAGUAAUAACUGAAACAGGUAUUGAACCGCUGCUCCGUGGUAUGUUACGACAGCGGGCUGAGAAGGUGGACACAUUGUUCGUAGAUGCUGUGAGAAAUUUCUUAUUUGGCACCAACACCCAAGGUCUUGAUCUGAUGUCGUAUGGUAUUCAACGGGGAAGAGAUCAUGGCUUAGCUGAUUAUAAUAGUGUUCGCGACGCUUUGGGUCUCGAGGCAAGAAAAUCAUUUUCCGAGAUCACAUCAGACAAAAGCGUUGCAGGCAAACUGGAAGAUUUAUACACUGAUAUUAAUGAUGUUGACUUGUGGAUUGGUGGUUUGGCAGAGUCCCACCUACCCGGGGGAUGUGUGGGGGAAACAUUUGCAGCGAUCAUUGCUAAGCAAUUUCAAUUACUUCGUGACGGGGACAGAUUCUGGUUUGAAAACCCGUACCUGGAGCCAACUAAGGAUCGAAUGACCAAAUACAGAGGCACGAAAUUGGCAGAUAUAAUAGCGCGUAAUACCGCUCCUGUUAUCGAGUGGAAGCAUCAAACAUUCUUCACAGAUAUUAAAAAUACAUGAAUGAUAAAGGAAUAUACUGCACUGGCAUGCUUUGACAAAAGCCUUAGAAUUGAAUCCUAAUCACUUUUGUUCACUAUAAAUAGAAUUUACACCCAUUAAUUUUAGUCAAACUUUGUGCACAGUUGUGAAAAGAACUUUACCUGGUUAAUAUAACCAAAUGCAUGCUUGAAAGCUGCAAUACAAUAUGUUUAUUCAAAACAACCACGAAAAGUAUGUAACAUUUCCUGCUUUAUUGAUUAGAAAUUAGACACAUGACAUUACAGCACAAAGUAUACUUAGUGAAAUGAAAAAAUAUUUGA